CUGAAACUUAGGGUGGGGACUGUAGAAAUAGGGUGGAGUUAUCAGGAAGCUCCCUAGCCUGGAGCUGAGCUGAGGUCAGCUGAGCCCUGGGACAGCCUGCACAACGGCUCAGGAUGGCAUCAGGCCGGGCACGCUGCACCCGAAAGCUCCGGAACUGGGUGGUGGAGCAAGUGGAGAGUGGACAGUUCCCAGGGGUGUGCUGGGAAGAUGAAGCUAAGACCAUGUUCCGGAUUCCCUGGAAGCAUGCAGGCAAGCAGGACUUCCGGGAGGACCAGGAUGCUGCCUUCUUCAAGGCCUGGGCAAUAUUUAAGGGAAAGUACAAGGAGGGGGACACGGAAGGCCCUGCUAUCUGGAAGACUCGUCUGCGCUGUGCUCUCAACAAGAGUCCUGAAUUUAAGGAGGUUCCUGAGAAUAGCCAUAGGGAUGGUGCUGAGCCCUACAAGGUAUAUCGGCUGCUGCCACCAGGAACCCUCCCUGCCCCACCAGCAACCCAGAAAUCACCAUCGAAGAGACACCACAGCUCUGUGACCCCUGAGAGGGAGGAGGAUGAGGGUACCGCAAAGAACUGUGUACUCAGCCCCUCCUUGCUCCAGGAUCCCAUCAAAAACGAGAAGGUGGAGGCCGAUGGAGGAGCUGGCCACUCAGACUUGGGGAGCAGCAGCAGCUGCAGCAGCAGCGGCAGCAACAACAGUCCUGAGCCUCAAGAAGGUGAAGAUACAAAUGAGGCUCCUUUCCAAAGAGACCCCUUGUCUCUGGAGUUUCUGCCCCCUCCAGACUCAGACUACUCCCUACGGCUCACCUUCAUCUACAACGGGCACGUGGUGGCGGAGGCCCAGGUGCAGAGCCUGGACUGCCGCCUGGUGGCCGAGCCCUCCCUCUCCCGGUGCAGCAUGGAGCAGGUGGUCUUUCCCAAGCCUGGCCCGCAAGAACCCACCCAGCGUCUGCUGAGCCAGCUCGAGAGAGGUGUCCUGGUGGCCAGCAACUCCCGAGGCCUCUUCGCACAGCGCCUUUGCCCCAUCCCCAUCUCCUGGAGUGCGCCCCAGACCCCACCUGGCCCAGGCCCACAUCUGCUGCCCAGCGACGAGUGUGUGGAGCUCUUUAACACCUCUCACUUCUGUAGAGACUUAGAGAAGUACUUCCAGGGCCUGGGCCCCCCACCCAAGUUCCAGGUGACACUGAAUUUCUUAGAGAAGGACUCUGACCCCAGCCACACCCCACAGAGUCUUAUCUCAGUUCAGAUGGAGCAGGCCUUUGCCCGGCAUUUACUGGCGGAGCCUCCAGAGGACCAGACGGCCACUCUGUCCCUGGUGGAGAGCCUGGGAGACCUACCUUCCUAUUGCCUUUGAAAGAGACUCAUUCUCCACACUAUUGACCUGCCUCCCUCUGUGAUAAUUGUAGUGGUUUUCUGUGAUGGUUAUGCCCUUGAACUCCUCAUGCUGUCUAGCUGGUUUUUAUCCAUUUUUUAUUUCUUUUAAUGUUUUAGAUACACCCUCUUUUAUCUCUGAGAAACUGAACUGGGAAAGUACAAAUGGUGUGAACUCAGGGGGACCAUUUUCUCUUACUUACCCCAGUCCUAAAGCCAAGCACUUUAUAUUUUCUUUUUAAAUCUUCACUAAGGAUUUUAAAUAAUACUGAAAAAGGAAUCAGGCCCUGGCUGGUGUGGAUUAGUUGG